AUGUCGAAAUACCUAAACCUCCCAACGCUGCCUCACCGUCCCACAAAAGAAGAGCUGUUGGCGGCUGCCAACGGGUUCUGGGAGCGGUUCAAGGUCCGGUUCAAGUGGGUUUCAAUCAGGAGCAUGCGGCCUUGGAACAUUGACGAAUGGGGUGCUUUCGUGUCUUGGUUCAUGUUGGGUCAUAUCGUCUGGAUUCUGGUGGGCACCACGACUUUCUUUUCCAUCCUCAUCUUCUCCAUCAACACGGUUUUUGCUCAGGAAACGCUCGCGCGGUGGGUUGGAGACUAUCUCACCCAGUCGGCUGGUGUUACCGUCGUCUUCGAGUCGGCCAUCGUUCCCAAGUGGAAGAACGGCGUCAUCGCAUUUCGCAACGUCUUCGUCUCGAGACGGCCUGGGCAGAUUGAAUCAUCCGUCAGCAAGGGCUCCUCCGACGCUGCCGCCGUUGCUGCCGUGGCCGCUGCAGGGCGACAGGUCCCGCAUAAGGACGCUACUCCCGAGGAUGACGGCAACUACACCCAAUUCGACGUGACAAUUGCCAAUGUCAAUGUCACACUCUCCUUUCUCAACUGGUGGAAUGGAAAGGGGCUGCUCAAGGACGUUGAGGUGAAUGGUGUAAGAGGAGUCAUCGACCGCACUUCUGUCCGCUGGCCUCAGGAGCAGGUUGAUCCAUUGUCUUAUCGGCACAAACAUCAGCCGGGCGACUUUGAGAUAGAAUCUUUCAAAUUGGAAGACCUUUUGCUCACUAUUCGCCAGCCCGACGGCUUCCGCCCCUUCUCAGUCAGCAUAUAUUCCUGCGAACUGCCCCGACUGCGAAAGCAAUGGCUUUUCUACGAUUUCCUCUCCGCGAGCCACAUGUCUGGGUCCUUUGAUGGCUCUCUCUUUACGAUCCAUCCGCGACAAGUUCACGGCACAGUCUCCAGUCGAUACCAGGGUGUCAUGAUGGGGCUGGACGAAUCCAAAGGGUGGAAGAAGUUUAACCGGUUGCGAAUCGAUGGCUUGAAGAUUGACCACUUGAACCGUGGAGUGGAAGGGCCAUUUGGCUGGAUUUACGAAGGGAACGUCGACAUUGUUGCUGAUGUCAUGUUUCCAGAGGAUAUGGACGAUAGCAUCACCAAGGUCGUAACGGACUUUUACGACCAGCUCGAGGGCACAGUCAUGGCGCAUCGCUAUCGCUUCUUGCCGAGAGCCCCUGCACCUGAGAGUGUCUCGGAGAGCGAGCGCUCAACGAGCGAAAAGAAGGCCCAGAAACAGGCAAACGAAGCCGAGGAGGACAAACGCCUCGUCAUUGUGGACUUGCGCAUCCACCUCAACGACGUCAAGGCCGCCGUGCCUUUGUUCACCCGCGACCUAUCCUACGUCAACCAGGCUCUCGUUCGCCCCAUUGUGGCCUAUAUCAACGCUAAGAAGACGUACAUUCCCAUCUCGAGCCGCAUCAUCAAGCCCCUCAGCGACUUUGACGGAAGCUGGACCGUCUUUGACUGUGGGCUUCUGGACGAUGCUUCCGCCGAGACGUACGAGGCUUUCGCAAAGGACGUGGAGGAUCAGCAGAGCCGCGUCAGGCGGUUCCGCAAGGUCGGAUUCUGGACGCUGUCUCUGGCCAUCCAUGCCUUGUUCAUGGGCAUGGCCGGAAACGUGGUCUAA